GCGCGGGGCAUACGAAUGUGAUUGACACGCACGAGCGUUCGUGCGCUAAAUCGUUAGCAGACGAUAUUUUUCAACCACCUAACUACCUGUACAACGUAUGUACGUGUACACGUUCGUACGGCACACGUACAAAUAGUGCAUGCAUGAAGUGUGCUCCUAAUUCCCCGCGUAGCUGACGCAAAACCUACCGGAAAAUUUGCUACGAUUUCUCCUGCUGACAGUGUCCGUCCAUUUUUAUCUGCCCAGUGUGUUCUUCGGUCAUUUCGUGAUCAUCUUUUUGUACAAUUUUGCUGCGGACCUUGAUCCAUGACCGAGAGAGUGCGAGUGGAAAUCAGCGGUGCCUUUGCUUGGAGAAGUCGGGCACAUUGUCUGUGUCUUUCAUGGUCACAAGUGCCUUUACCCAUCACCACCGUUGCCACACCCAUCACCACCGCUGCCACACCCACCACCAAUACCACAACAGCCGACCCCAUCGCCAACUAUGAGUGGCUCCGGGAAAAGCCUGAGUGCCUCCUUAUCCCUGGAAGACCUGGACCUGGACACCAGCCAGUUCCGCAAGUCUCGCAGCCCCCACGCCUCCACCAGCUCCUACCAGUCCAGCCCUGGGACCAGUUCCUAUCAUCGUCAUGCCUCGGUCUCCCGAGUACCCAUGUCUAACCCUACCACCACCACCACCAACCGUGCCAUGUACACGGACGGACUCCAGCCCACCAAUAACACCAUCCCAAGGACUAAGAAGUCGGCCCGCUCGGCCGCGUCCGAAGACAGCCCCGGUGCUCGGGAUAGGGGCACGCUCAGGAAGACUGUGUCCUCUCCUAUUGGGCCUUACCACGGCAAUGACGUCGUCGGGGCGAGGUUGGCAAACUCCUGUGGUCUGGAGCUCCAGAAGUACUCUCAUCUUGUGACCGACAUUGAGGAUAAUUCAGGUAAGGUUAGAAAAAUAGGGGACUUUUCCUCUU